AUGUCGUUCUCUGACAUUGGAAAGAGGAGGUUGAACAGAGCCCGUGAUGAACAAUCUUCGUUUGCCAAACCUCAAGCACGAAAACCUACUCCAACGCUCCGUUACUUUUAUGGCGACACCAACGAUCACGCCAUUUUGGAACCAAGCAAACAAGUAGAAGAGGACUUUGCGAAAUCACAACCACAGCGCGGGGUUCGGCCUCAUUUGAAUCAUGUUUGUCCAGUGACGGAAAAACCUUUAAUGGAAAUGGAGUCGCCGAGAGAUGAAGACACCAGCACUGUGACAUCCUUUUCGUAUGGAUUUGAUGAUGCUGACGAUGAUGCUUCUUUCCCGGCUCCUGUGAACACAGCAUCUCGCCCAAGACAAGCCGACUCGGAGUUUGCUCUAUUGAACAAAGAAAUUGUCAAUUUCCAGAAAAUGGUUGCGGACUUGGACCAAGCCAUGGCAAAGUCAGCGGACUCGCCAGAAGCACAAUGGAAAAUUCGCAUCUUGAGUCGGUCGGCACAAGAAGCCCAGCAAGACAUACAAAAUCGCCUCAUGGAAUUUGGAGAAACCAGUAGACGUCGCGAUGAUGGCCGAGGUCAGAUGGCCAUGAGAAAACUGAUGCGGGAUUUUUCUCGGGCACAAGAAAAUUUUGGAGAAGUAACACAAUCGCACAUAAGAAAACAACAAGCAGAAGUGUCUCUUUUUCGCUCGACCGUACCGGAAGAAGGCGAGGAAGAAGAAUUUUUUGAUCGUGCCAUGCGAGAACGAGAGCAGGAAGUCAACAACAUUCAUCAAUCGAUGAGGACGGUGAAUGAGAUUUACCAAGACUUGGCCGACAUUGUGGACGGGCAACAGGAAAAAAUUGACAAUCUCGCCGACCGAGUGGAAGAAUCCAAAUCCAACACAAAAUAUGGCUCGGAGCAGAUUCAAGACGCUGUCAUAGGUAUGUGUGCGCCUAUGGAGACGGGAGAUGCUGGAGAUCAUUCUUGGUCUGCUGCUAUGGAUGUUGUUUUCGAAAUGGCGACCUCGUGCACAGAAAAGAUGGAAAAAGUUGUCUUCGCUAGCGACGAUGAACCUAUAGUACAAAGCAAAGGUGGGAAAGACUCGAGUAAGGGAGGAAAAAGCUCAAGCAAAAGUGGUAGAAAUUCAAGCAAAAGUGGAAAAAGCUCAAGCAAAAGUGGAAAACGCUCUAUGCGCAAGCGAUGA